AUGGCUGAUGCUGUUGUUUCCUUCUUUCUUGGAAAAUUGGGGAAGCAACUCUCACAAGAAGCGCAGCUCCUCUCUGGAGUUGAAGACAACGUAGCAUGGAUCAAAGCCGAGCUUCAAUCCAUGAAAUCCUUCCUGAAAGAUGCUGACCAUCGAAGAGAGAGGGAUGCCGGUGCAGAGGCUUGGAUUAUGCAAGUCCGGCGGUUAGUCUUCAACACUGAAGAUGCUGUGGACGAGCACAUGAUCGAAACAGAGGUGCAUCUGUCUCAGGGACCGAUACAUGGGCUGUCUAGUUUUUCAUGCUUGCUUUGUCAAGCACAUGAUAGCUCAGCAUCUAUUCAGUACUCGGAUGCAAAGGAUUAG